AUGGAUCGCCAAGUGGUAGGAAGGGGCCGCGGGAGACCCACUAGACAACAUCCGGAAGCGGGUAGAGAUAGAGAGCCCGAGGUCAAUCCAGACCAAAGGCAAGAGGGUGGGGCCGGAGACGGAGUGGCCACCGCUAUUAACCGUAUCACUGACGUCCUAGAGCGCUUGACUGAACACCAAGCUGCUGGACCAGGGCGCCAUCAGGGAGGCCCAGUCGAUUCCGAUGAUCGGGCAUUGGAAAGGUUCCUGAAGUUUGGACCUCCCAAAUUCCAUGGAGGACCUGAGCCGGAAGUGGCCGAAGGCUGGUGGGAGAGGAUCACUGAGAUCUUCGCCGCCCUAAACUAUACGGAGGAGCGAAAGGUGACUUUUGCCACCUUCCAGUUUGAGGGAGCUGCUCGCUCCUGGUGGAACCUAAUGAGGGUCCAUUGGGAGACUAACCAUACACCACGGACUUGGAUGAACUUCACAAGGGAGUUCAAUGCCAAAUUCCUGCCGCCUCUCAUUCAAGAGAAGAGAGAGGACGAUUUCAUUCGAUGCAAGCAAGGGGCGAUGAGUGUCGCCGAGUAUGAAAUCCAGUUCACAAAGCUAUCCCGCUUUGCACCUGAGUUGAUAGCCACCGAGCAGAGGCGUGUUCGGAGGUUUGUGCAGGGUUUGAAUGUAGAACUACAGGAAAGUUUAGCCGCGGUGAGGAUAGAUACUUUCGCAGAUGCUGUCGAAAGAGCUCAGAGAGUUGAAGUAGCUAGAGCUCAAGUGAAAUCCUUUCAAGCUAAGAAAAGAUUUAACCCCAGCAGUAGUCGAGAGCCGACGUAUGGAAAUACUCCACCGGCUAAAGUGGGCCGGGGAACUGGCGGAAUGACUAGUCCCGGAGCACCGCGAGGUGCACUAGCAAGGGGAACCGGGGCAAGGAAUGCAGGGGGAAGAAACAAUGGAUUUAGAGGGGGACCGAUUGGAAGAGGACAAGCUAGAAAUACCUCGCAAGGAGGCCGAGCCAUAAUUCCCCAAAUGACUUGUGCAUACUGUAAGAAACCUGGCCAUACUAUGGAUAGCUGCUGGAAGAAGCAAGGAAAGUGCCUGAAAUGCGGAAGCAGCGAGCACCAAAUUUCUGGGUGCUCAAAAAUGCAGGAAGGGACUACUUCGAAUGCUAGACCAAACACUUCUGGAGGGAGCCGGCCGACAGUUCCUGCCAGAGUGUAUGCUUUAGGAGAUCAACCUGUACCUAAUGCCUCGGAAGUGGUGGAAGGUACACUCCCGAUCUUUCACCGAUUAGCUAAAGUAUUGAUUGACCCUGGGGCAACCCAUUCUUUCGUUAAGCCAUCCUUUAUGUCUGGAUUAGAUGUGCAACCUGUUAGAUUGCCCUUUGACCUUGAAGUUAGGACACCCAUGGGUAAUAAGAAUGUAAUCACUAGCUUGGCUUAUAGGAAUUGUGAAUUCUGGAUUGGAGAGCGUAAAAUGCUAGUGGACCUGAUUAGCCUAGACAUAAAAGGUUACGAUGUUAUAAUAGGAAUGGAUUUUCUAGGUCAUUAUCAUGCUAAACUUGACUGUCGAGCAAAAGUAGUGGAAUUUUGUAUACCUGGUGAAGCAACCCUGAGGUUAGAUGUUAAGGGUAGGUUAGCAUCUUCUGCUAUGAUCUCAGGAAUUAGAGCAAGGAAAAUGUUGUCUAAAGGAGCGCAAGGUUUCUUAGCUUUCUUGAUAAACGCUCCCAGCGAUCAAGUGAAGCUGGAGGAUGUACCUGUGGUACGAGAGUUUUCGGAUGUGUUCCCUGAAGAGCUUAAGACUCUACCGCCGGAAAGGGAGGUGGAAUUUAAGAUUGACUUGUGUAUUGAUUACCGAGGGUUAAAUGAGGCUACAAUUAAGAAUAAAUACCCUCUACCGUUGAUUGAUAGCUUGUUCGACCAACUGCAAGGGUCAGUGGUCUUUUCUAAGCUGGAUUUGAGGCAAGGGUAUUAUCAGUUGAAGAUCAGGAAGGAAGAUAUACCCAAGACUGCUUUUAGUACAAGAUAUGGACAUUUUGAGUUUGCAGUCAUGCCUUUUGGAUUGACCAAUGCACCAGCUGCUUUCAUGGACUUGAUGCAGAGACUUUUUAAGAAGUACCUGGACCAGUUUGUAGUGGUUUUCAUAGAUGAUAUCUUGAUCUACUCUAAGACUCGUGAGGAACAUGCUAAGCACCUAGAGGUGGUUUUGCAGACAUUAAGAGAGCAUAAACUAUAUGCCAAAUUCAGCAAGUUUUCUGAGGAUGGUAUUGCCGUGGACCCGGCAAAAGUGGAAGCCGUUAUGAAUUGGAAACAACCAGAAACUCCAACUGAAGUUAGAAGUUUCUUGGGUUUAGCAGGUUAUUAUAGGCGAUUUAUCCAGGAUUUCUCGAAAAUUGCAGGACCUAUGACUGAGCUAACCAAGAAAGGGGCUAAGUUUGUCUGGACCCCGAAGUGCGAGUCAAGUUUUCAGGAACUAAAGAAGCGGUUAACAUCCGCUCCCGUUUUGGUUCUACCUGAUGGAGGUGAAGGAAAAGCCAAUGUGGUGGCUGACGCUCUUAGUAGGAAGGCCCAAGUAGCAGGGUUAAUGGUAAAAGAAGAUCCUAAGGAUCUACUGAGGUCGUGUAUACUGGAUUUUGGAGGUAAGUGGAGCCAAUAUACGACCUUAGUGGAAUUUGCUUAUAAUAAUAGCUAUCAGGCUUCAAUCCAGAUGGCACCUUAUGAGGCUUUGUAUGGAAGAAGGUGUCGAUCUCCGAUUCAUUGGGAUGAAGUUGGAGAAAAGAAGGUCGUAGACCCCACAGCUAUACCUUGGAUAGAAGAAGCCCAGGAAAAAGUAAAAUUGAUCAGAGAACGGCUUCAAGUUGCUUAG